AUGUCGGCACCGAGAGCUCCUCCGAGUCUGGCCACGGCGGCGACGGCUAUCCUGGCCGUCCUAGCCGCGGCGCUCGUCACCACGGGAGCUCGCGCGCAAAUGUGCGGCGCGCAGGCCAACGGCGCCAAGUGCGCGAACUGCCUCUGCUGCAGCCCCUUCGGGUUCUGCGGCAGCACGGCCGACCACUGCGGCGCCGGCUGCCAGAGCCAGUGCAGCGGCUGCGGCAACACUCCUACCGGCGCCAUGGCCGUGGCGUCCAUCGUGUCCAGGGCCCUCUUCGAGCGGCUCCUCCUACACCGCAACGACGCGUCGUGCCUCGCCCGCGGGUUCUACACGUACGACGCGUUCCUGGCGGCUGCCGCGGCGUUCCCUGCCUUCGCCGGCACGACGCUGAGCACCAACACCCGGAAGCGAGAGGUGGCCGCGUUCCUGGGCCAGACAUCCCACGAGACCACCGGCGGGUGGCCGACGGCGCCCGACGGCCCCUACUCGUGGGGCUACUGCCUCAAGCGGGAGAGGGACCCGCCGUCCGACUACUGCGAGCCCAGGGAGGAGUGGCCGUGCGCGCCCGACAAGCAGUACUAUGGCCGCGGCCCCAUCCAGCUCUCCUACAACUACAACUACGGGCCGGCGGGCCGCGCGAUCGGCGUGGACCUGCUGAACCAGCCGGAGUUGGUGGAGACAGACCCGGUGGUCUCAUUCAAGACGGCCCUAUGGUUCUGGAUGACCCCGCGGGGUAACAAGCCGUCGUCCCACGCCGUGAUCACGGGGCAGUGGAGGCCGAGGCUCGCAGACUUGGCCGCCGGCCGGUUUCCCGGAUACGGCGUGAUCACCAACAUCAUCAACGGCGGGCUCGAGUGUGGGAUCGGGCCGGACCCACGGGUGGCCGACCGAAUCGGGUUCUAUAAGCGCUACUGCAGCAUUCUCGGUGUCGGCUACGGGAGCAACCUCGACUGCAACAGGCAGAGGCCAUUCGACAGCUGAGAAAGCAGAUUCUCAGCUGGGCUCGC